AUGAAGAUAUACUACAUUGGAAUAUUGAAAGUGGGUGGUUCCAAAGCCGUGGAGUUGAGCUCGGCCCGUGAUUUGAGCCAGUUUUCAUUUUUCGAAAGAAAUGGUGUUUCCCAAUUUAUGACAUUUUUCUCGGAAACCGUCAGUCAGAGGACCCAAGCAGGCCAGAGGCAAAGUAUCGAAGAAGGUAACUACGUGGGCCACACAUACACGCGCUCGGAGGGUUUGUCUUGUGUUGUCAUAACCGACAAGGAGUACCCAGUUCGUCCAGCUUACACCUUAAUCAACAAGAUUUUGGAUGAAUAUUUAUCGCUUCACCCUCAAAAAGACUGGGCUAAUGUCACCGAAACGAACUCUAGUCUCGGAUACGAUAAUCUUGAACAAUAUCUCAAAAAGUACCAAGAUCCAUCACAGGCAGAUUCGAUCAUGAAGGUUCAACAGGAGUUGGACGAAACCAAGAUUGUAUUGCACAAGACCAUCGAAAGCGUAUUACAAAGAGGCGAGAAAUUGGACUCGUUGGUGGACAAGUCGGAGGCGUUGUCGAGCUCAUCCAGGAUGUUCUACAAGCAAGCCAAGAAGACCAAUUCGUGCUGUGUGAUUGUCUAA